AUGCUCGCGGCUCUUCGCCCAGCUGCGUCAAAAGCAGCUCUGGCGGCUGCAUGUCGUCGAGCCGUCUCUACCCUCCCAACCUCUCCCGAUGCUCCCGUUAAUCUCGGAGCCUACAUCGAAUCCCUGCCGCCCAAGAGCGAAGAACGACCUGCCUUCACUCGCGCAACACGGGAGAAACACGAAUGGCUCAACAUACCUCCCGCAGAGGACCCUUUACUGCACUUCCUUACGAACCUGAUUAUGAAGCACGGAGAACGCGCGAAAGCGGCUCGCGCCACGAGCAGCAUAUUGCUAUGGAUCCAUACCUUCACCCGCGCUCCGCCGCUGCCCAUUCUGCGGCAGGCCGUGCUCAACGCCUCGCCCGCAGUGCGCGUCAAGUCAAUCAAAGUGGGAGGAAAGACGGUGCACACGCCCGUAGCGUUGAGCGAGAGGCAGAGGACACACUAUGGAUUGAAGUGGAUGCUGAAGGGUAGCGACCAUAGACCGGGGAUGUACGUGGGCGAGAGGUUUGCAAGGGAAGUCAUUGCGGUGCUUCAAGGCGACAGCACGGCUCUAGCGAAGAAGCUUGAAAUACACAAGACUGCAAUGACCAACAGAGGAAAGAAAACUUGAGCUUCUUCUCCCGCCACCGUAUCAACCCUGCUGUCAAGUACAUUAUGUUAAUGCUUUUAAUCGACGGCGUUCC